AUGAACGAGGGUGCCAAUGUAGACCCGAUCAUCAAUGCGUCGCAAACAUCUAUGGAUUCAAUCGACCAGUUAUGGCAAGAUGACCCGGCGGUUGGAUCACUCAUCACAAACGCGAGAGAAAAGAAACAAGCUGAUGUUAAUGGGUAUCUUCGCAACGAAGUUGUUUUGGAGAAAGCCGAUAUGCAAGACGUCGAAGCAUCAAUGAACGUAGACAUCGGUGAGGCUCAUAAUAACAAAGCAUCCGAUUCGGACUUGUCUUCGCAGCUUUAA